UUAUAAUAAAAGUUGAAAUGUAGAACGCGAUGUCAAGAAGACUUUAAAAAGAGUUAGAUAGUAUGAAAAAGUCAUUUGCAAAUGAAUUCAAUAUUUAACUGCCCAAAAAUGAAAUUUCACAUUGGAUUAUUGGAUUUGAAGGUGCAAAAGGCACUCUAUAUGAAGGGGAAAAAUUCGAGUAAGAAUUGAGUUUGAUAUUUUAGAUUGCAAUUCAAGUUCCCAAAUAAUUAUGUAGAAGCUUUUAUUCUUAUUUAGCUCCUUUUUCUUUGAAAUUA